UGUAAUGAAGAAGCAGAGCAAAGGAGAAUCGAGUAUAUUAUCUUAAAUGAGAUUGACACUUUGCCUUAAUGUCUCUAGUUGUUUCAGAUAAUUACCUUGCUCCAAAUACUUUAUUAACUUUUUCACUUGAUUGAUUUUUUUUUUUGGUGUCUUUUUUUUCUUUCAUAAUUUUUGUUCUUUCUACAAUUCCCUUUAUGUAAUUGGAAAAAUAACAAAAAAGUAUUGGGUUGUGACAAUUGGGGCUAAAGAUUGACUUGUGUGGCUUAAAUAGAGAGGUGACUUUAACUUGCUAUGGUGUGUUCUACCUGGCUCUAUUUCUUAAUUUAAUGGUUUGAGUUUUUUGCCUUCCAUAGCUUUGUAAGGGAUAUGUUUCUUCCCUUUCUUUAAUAUUAUCAAUUUUCAUUAAAUAUUAUUUGCUUUAUGUUAUGCUUUCUGACUUAACAGAGCCAAAAGGACAGCUUCUAUUAAUUAAUGGCAAAACAGAAGAUGAAGUCGGCAGAAGUUUAGAGAGAGUUUUACUUACAAUGAGGAUUACAACUUCAGAACCUAAGGAUGUGGCAUUUAUUGUUGAUGGUUGGGCUCUUGAAAUUGCACUUAAGCAUUAUCGAACAGCUUUUACUGAAUUAGCAAUAUUGUCAAGGACUGCUAUAUGUUGUCGGGUAACACCAUCACAGAAAGCACAGCUUGUGGAGAUUUUAAAAUCAUGUGAUUAUAGAACAUUGGCCAUUGGGGAUGGAGGGAAUGAUGUAAGAAUGAUACAACAAGCUGACAUUGGAGUUGGAAUCAGUGGGAGAGAGGGGAUGUAGGCAGCAAGAGCAGCUGAUUAUAGUAUUGGGAGUAAGUUGCUGAUACCUAAACCCCUCCUCUCACUUUUUGGAAACUUGACA